AUGCCGCAUGCCUCCAACAUGGCCAAGCGCACCAGGAACAAGUUCACGCGCCAGUACCAUCCAUCCAUGGCUGGCACCUCGUACACCGGGACCUACUGCGCUGUACAGACACAACACAACAGCAGCAAGUUUUACUCCAAAACCCCAAAGUAG